UUUCCUUCGUACAUCAUGGAAGCCUCCCCACUCACGGCUCUCGUUCGAAUCAUUGCCUCUUGUGUGCAAAGCAUCGAGCAAGCCUAUGCGAAACAAGGCAUUCCAUAUCCAACGCUCGAUGCCCCGUUCCAACCAUCUGCUCUCGAUCUUGACCCCGCCCUUCUACAAACGGCCUCUCUUAUCGUAGCAGCGGCUGACCAGCUCAUAGCCACUGUUCGCUCUCCAAUGCAGACACUUCAGCUGUACUCUGGAAGCAUGCAUCUGACCUCUACACUUGGUUUUGUUGUCGACUCCGAUGUUCCGGAUGUCCUCUCCAAUGCUGGGCCCCAAGGUUUGCACGUCAACGAGAUCGCUGCUGCCACUGGCGUCGACGCAGACCACCAAGCCCGCAUCUUGCGCUUCCUUGCGACGCGCCAUGUGUUCAAGGAGAUCUCUCCCAAUACCUUUUGCAACAAUCGUAUUUCGUCGUUACUGGUAAAGGCAAAAUCUCUUGCAGAAAUCAAGGCAGAUCCGGAAGCAAAGUAUGAUGGGGCCCCCCUUGCAGCCGUGGCAGCCAGCAUCGGGGACGAGUCACUCAAGUCGAGUGCCUAUCUUUCCGAGUUUUUGCGCCAGCCAGGAGAUAAUGCAUCACCUUUCAAUAUUGCCUAUAACACCAAGAAGACCAUGUGGGAAUGGCGCCAGGAACCCCAAAACGUCUGGCGUGCUCGUCGCUUCGCUGUUGGUAUGAAAGGUGGUGGAGAAAUGUUUCCGACGAGCAUCUUUACAGAGGGUAUCUCCGGCGACAAGCUACCGAAGGAUUCUCUAGUCGUUGAUGUGGGAGGGAGCGUUGGUUCAGUUACCCUCAAGUUGGCUGAGGCAUUCCCACAUCUUCGUUUCGUGGUCCAGGAUUUGCACAAGGAGAUCACAGAGGGAGAAAAGUUUUGGGCAGACUUGAACCCAACAGCCAUUGCGAAUGGGCAGGUAAAGCUCCAGGUUCACAAUUUCUUCGAGCCACAGCCUGUGGAGAACGCCGCAGUCUACUUCAUGCGGGUCAUCAUCCACGACUGGCCGGAUUCCAAUGCAAAAAGUAUUCUGGCCAACACCAGAAAGGCGGCCGGGCCCCACUCAAAACUUGUCUUGUUUGACCUUGUAAUGCCAUACGCUUGCCCAACUGCAGAUGCACCACCAGUACCCGCACCUCUCCUUGCCAAUCUUGGCGUCGCGGGUGGCGGCUUCGUGACUGCGUUGGACCUUGAGAUGAUGACCGUUUUCAAUGGUAAAGAACGGACCGUAGAUCAGUUCAGAACUCUGGGUGAAGCAACAGGAUGGAAGUUGGAGGAAGUCAAACCAGGAAUGCUGUUUGCCUUUGUGUUUUCGGCGAUUUGA